AGACAGUGUGCUCUCAUGGGCAAAAAAAAAAAACUCCACGACACGCCCCUCUGCCAUUUCUGCGAUGCCUCCCCCGGGCCGCACGGUGGCGCUGUCAGUCCUCGGAGGCCCGGUGGUGCUUGGGCGCUCCGGGGGCUCGGGCUUCCGGGGGCCCUCAGAGCGGCGGCGACCCGCAGGGCGGCUCUCCCACCUGUCACCCUGGCCCUUCUUUGCUUGGACGGCGUCUUCCUCUCCUCCGCCGAGAAUGACUUUGUGCACCGCAUCCAGGAGGAGCUGGACCGCUUUCUGCUGCAGAAGCAGCUGUCAAAGGUACUUCUUUUCCCCCCACUCUCCAGUCGCCUCCGGUACCUGAUCCACAGGACAGCAGAGAAUUUUGAUCUUCUGAGCAGCUUCUCUGUUGGGGAGGGCUGGAGGAGAAGGACAGUCAUCUGUCACUUGGAUAUCAGGUUACCCAGUUCAGAUGGACUCUCUGGCCCCUGCCACCCUCCUGCCUCCCAGCCUAGCAAGCACCGAGGACCUCGGCCCACCUCAAACCAAGGAGCACCUGCUGGUCCUCGGGGGGCGCGGGCUGGCCGGUGGCAUCGUGGACGCAAACCAGACCAGGCUUUGUAUGUGCCCCGAGUACUGCGCAGGCAAGAAGAAUGGGUACCACCCUCUACCCAAGGGCCCAAGGGAGAUGCUCCAGCUGGUGGGCUCCUGGAAGAGCCUGGAAAUGUUGGUGCUGAGGACCUCAACUCUGAUCAGGACCUCCCUGUGUUGACAACUCAGGCACCUGAGGACCUAGAGGGCCCAGACCGAUGCUGUGACAAUGAACAGCUACUGGACCUAGUUGGCAUUGAGUCCCCACAGCCCGAGAGCCACUCAGGGACAGGACGUGGGUUGGAGAUGGCCACACAACUUGGGGCCAGUCUGAGGCUGGACUCAGAAGAGGCGAAUGGGAGUGAGGUGGAGAAGAGCCUGGCAGAGGAGGAAGAAGCAGAGUUGGAAGAGUUGGGGCUUGGCAGCUGCUCCGAGGAUGAUUACAGUGAGCUGCUACAGGAGAUAACAGACAACCUGACUGAGAAGGAGAUUCAGGUAGAGAAGAUCCAUGUGGACACGUCCUCCUUCAUGGAGGAGCUGCCUGGAGAAAAGGACUUUGCCCACGUGGUGGAGAUCUACGACUUUGAGCCGACACUCAAGACUGAGGACCUGCUGGCAGCAUUUUCCGAGUUCCAAGAGAAGGGGCUCAAGAUUCAGUGGGUAGAUGACACGCACGCGCUCGGUGUCUUUCCCUGCCUGGCCUCAGCCGCUGAAGCCCUGACCAAGGAUUUCUCUGUGCUCAAGAUCCGGCCCCUUACGCAGGGAACCAAGCAGUCAAAGCUGAAAGCCUUGCAGAGGCCAAAGCUCCUGCGUCUGGCGAAGGCGAGACCACAAACAAAUACAGCGGUGGCCAGGAGGCUGGUGGCCCGGGCCCUGGGGCUCCAACACAAGAAGAAAGAGCGGCCUGCGGUCGAGUCUUCUACCUCCCUGAGACCCUGAGAGGCCCAGCAAGCCUGGAUCGGUGGCCCCAGGACGAAGCUGGUGCGCCAACACCACAAGCCUUUAUAGACACCGGAACAGCCCUGCACUAUUUGUCAGGGUGUCCUUGUUGGGUGUGGUGGGCUUUAGUUUGGUCUAGUUCCAGAAGUUGAGAAAAAAUAAAAACCUGACAGUUGUUUCCAAA